AUAGUUUUGCCAUAACCAGUGUCUUACACAUGGGGCAACCAACAGGCCAGCGACGAGGCCACCAUUGUUUCUCCUGGCAGAAUGGAGGUUCUCGGAAGCACGUCACGCAUACUCCAUAUACGUCCGAACCUUCACCAUGCCCUGAAACAUCUCAGGCAGACGGAUACAGCUCGAACAUUGUGGAUUGACGCUUUGUGCAUCAAUCAGGAAGAUAUCGAAGAGCGAAAUGUCCAAGUUAAGAGAAUGGCCAGUAUCUAUAAGCUCGCCUACAGAGUCGUCGUUUGGCUUGGCCCCACAUCGCCUGACCAGUCAAACGAGUGGGCACUCGGCAUUCUCCAAAAGCUUGGAGAACAGACAGAGUACACGAGAGAUUAUUACAUAAUGGCAUCGCCAACUGCAAAAGGCGCUUCAUGGGACCGUGAAGUACCGAUAUCACUGUCCGAGCAAGACCUCACGGCUAUACGGCAUAUCCUCGAACGGCCGUGGUGGGACAGACUUUGGAUCUGGCAGGAAAUCCAUCUAGGCAGCCCCCGAUCCGUAGCACAGUGCGGAUCAAGCUCCAUAUCUUGGUACAGUCUCCGACGUGCCCUUCAGAACCUUCAUCUGAGAGGAGAAGCCGAAUUUGGUCAAUUUCUACCAGAAAGCCUCCGAUCAUCGCGUGCUUUUUUCUCUCGAAACCAAUUGCACGACUUAGAGACACUCCUGGAGCGCACCAAACUUGCAAAGUUCUCCGUAGGCCACGACCGGAUCUUCGCACUUUUUGGAUUCCUAGAUCCCGCCUUUGUGGCUCGCAUCAAUGCCGACUACGCUCUGCCCGUUGAGCAUCUUUUCAAAGAUGUUUGUCGCGCAUGGAAUGCCCAUAACGGCGAAAUAUACUUUUUGGAUUUUUGCGAGCCUCCGGAAGAGGCCUGUGAUUCUACAGAGAUGGAUUUGCCGUCAUGGGUUCCGAAUUGGCUUAGAUGCUCCGAUUUAGAGGGAUUCAAACCAGGAUUCGCCUCUGGUACGGCUGGUAGUGGAUCAGUUACAUUCACCGAUAGGGAACUGCUUGUGUAUGGCGUAAAAUGCGCAACAGUGGAAGAAGUUGGUGCCCCAGCACCGCUCCAAGGCAGCAUUAAGCCUGUACUGCGGAUGUGGAAGCAGCUUGUAAGGCAUUGCACGACAGAUUGUACGAGGUCGGAUUAUUCUGAGGAUUUCAUCGCGACCUUGCAAUGUGGGGAAACGAAGGUCAUGUUCCCAGAUAUUGCCGCCUUCCCUAGCAUCCAUGACUGUUUAGAGUCAUUCUACUUGGAAGAGUCAGAGCCUCUGACUUCGGACUGCAUCAGAGGUCGGUCAUUCUUCCGGUCCAGUGUAGACCAUUACGGCAUCUGUCCGCCGGGGACCAAAGCUGGUGAUGUCGUUUGCGUUCUUCUUGGACUCGACUAUCCCAUAAUGCUCCGACCAUCAACGGAGAGUGUCGGGGGUUAUCGAGUACUCGGGCUAGCCUACGUACAUGGCUUGAUGAACGCUGAGGCGCUGCUUGGCCCAUUGCCUAUCGCCUGGCGAGGUCACUAUGACGAUGACUGGGAGGGAGUUCCGCUGCAGGCAUUCACUGAUCCCCAAAUCGGCAAGGUCGUCUACGACGACCCACGUCUCGGCGCACUGCCGGAGGAUUGGGAGUUCAAAGCGGCGUAUGAGCCCGAGGCUCCCGCGAUAAGAUGGUUCAAGAACCGGAAAACGGGUCGCAUAACAAGGCGUGAUCCAAGGCUGUUACCUGAUGCACUCCGAAGUUGCGGUACUCCCAUUCAAGAGUUGCGUCUGGUCUAAGACGAAUGCCUCCUCGCUACUAAACGACCCCGUCAUCCUUCAGAUUGAACGCCGUUCGACCUCUCCUCGCUCGCCCACAAGGAGGCUGCGCAAAGACCGA